GCUCAUUACUGCGCGGCCGCCACUCGCCAGCGGGCAGCGCGCCGAGCGGACCGCGCACUGCGAGCAUGAGCGCGUCGCGGGCGUUGUGGGCGUGCUGGGCGCUGUGGGCGUGCUGGGCGCGCGCCGCGCCGCCGCCGGACGCGGAGCGCCUGCGCGCCGCCGUGGGCGGCUACGCCGUCAUGAACUGCCACCUCGACUUCCCGUUCGGCAUCGAGAUACCCUACCACCUGCAGUGGGACAAGGACGGCGAGGAGAUCUUCUCGUGGUACAGCGGCGAGGGCGCGCCGCGCGUGGCGGAGCGCUGGGGCGGGCGCGUGCGGCGCGUGGGCGGCGCGGGCACGGGCGGCGCGGGCGACGCGGGCGGCGUGGGCGGCGUGGGCGGCGGCGCCGUCAACGUGAGCAACGUGCGCGAGAGCGACGCCGGGCUGUACCGCUGCCGCGUGUCGUUCCCCAACCGCUCGCCGCCCGCGCGCAACAACGGCACGUUCUACCGCCUGGAGGUGGACGGCGGCAACCUCAUCGCGACGCCGCCCUCCAACGUCACGGUGCUGGAGGGCGCGCGCGCCGAGCUCGAGUGCCUGCCCAAGAGCGCCGAGCUCAGCGUGCGCUGGCUGCGCGCCGGCGCGCCCGUGCCCACGCCGCCCGAGCGCAACGGCAGCCUGGUGCUGGCGCGCGCGGCGGGCGCGGACGCGGCGCGCUACGAGUGCCGCGUGCAGGCGCCCGACGGCCGCGCGCAGUCCGCCGCCGCCUUCCUGGACGUGCAGUUCGCGGCGCGCGUGCUGCCCGCGCCGCCCGAGCGCUUCCUGCCGCUGGGCAAGGCGGCCAGCCUGGACUGCCUGUUCAGCGCCAACCCGCCGCUCACCAACCUGCGCUGGGAGAAGGACGGCUUCCUGUUCGACCCCUACAACGUGCCCGGCGUCUUCUACAGCCGGAACGGCAGUCUACUGUUCAAUCGAGUGGACGAGUCCCACGCGGGCGUGUACUCGUGCACGCCGUACAACGCGCUGGGGUCGGCGGGCGCGUCGCGCGGCGUGCGCGUGCGCGUUCUGCGGCCGCCCGCGCUGGCCGCCGCGCCGCCGCCGCUGUACCUGGCGCGCGCGGGCGAGCCCGCCACGCUGGCGUGCGGCGCGCGUGAGGAGCCGGGCGCGCCGCGCGCCGCCGUGCACUGGAGCCGCAAGGACGGGCGCGCGCUGCCCGCCGCGCACGCGCUGAGCGGCGGCAACCUCACGCUGCGCGCCGUGGCGCCCGCCGACCGCGGCGUGUACGUGUGCCGCGUGAGCAAUGAGGCCGCCGAGCUGCGCGUCGAGAGCGAGCUGCUGGUGGAGAACGCGCCGCCGCGCGCGCCGCACGCGCUGGCGGCCACGCCGCGCGGCGCGCGCGCCGUGCGCGUCACGUGGGCGCCGGGCGCUGGCGGCGCGGACGCCGACUACGCCGUGUGGUACCGCGAGCGCGGCGCCGGCGAGUGGCGCAGCAUGCGCGUGCUGACGCGCGGCGCUACGGCCGCCACGCUGCUGGACCUGCGCCCGCGCGCCGUGUACGAGCUGCGCGUGCUGGCGCAGGACCGCAUUGGCGAUGGCCUCUUCAGCAAGCCCGUGUUCGUGCGCACCGGCGAUCCGGAGCCGGGCGAGGAGGACGCCACGACCGAGUACACGGCGGAGACGGACGAGGCGCCCGCGACCGACGCCGCGCUCAGCACCCGCGCCGGCGUCGCCGCCGACGACGACGAGGCCGACGUCGCCGCCGGCGACGCGGAUGACGCGGACGACGCCGCGCGCUGGAGCGCCGCCGCCGACCACAGCGACGACGACGACGACACCGCGCUGGACGACUUGGACGUGAGCGUGCGGCUCAUCGAGGAGGGCGCGCUGGUGGUGUGGCGGCGCGGGGCGGCGGGGGCGGCGGCGGCGGGCGCGGAGGCCGAGUGCGAGCUGCGCUGGUACGACGACGCGGCGCCCGAGCGGCGCCUGCUCGUCGCGCGCCGCACGCCGCAGGACUACGCGCUGGUGGGCGACGUGCAGGAGGGCGGGCGCUACUGGGCGGCGGUGCGCUGCGGCGGCGCGCGCGGCGGUGCGGCGCUGGGCGUGCCGCAGUUCGCGCGCCUGCGCGGCGUGGCGCUGGGCGCCGCGGGCGCCGCGCUGCUGCUGGCCGCGCUGGCCGGCGCGCUGUGCGCCGCGCGCCGGCGCCUGCGCCGCGCCAAGCGCGCGCGCUGA